GUCUGCUAAAACUUAGCUAAACUAUCCACGUUCUCAGCGGUGUCACGACGCCUUUAGAAAAGCCCCAAAUGUCCCUCCCAUGACCUUGAAUGUCCGCUAUAAAGUUUUGAUCGUUGCCUUCGUGUUCGUGCAUACGUGCCUGCAUGCGCCUGCAGCGCUGCGCGUGACCUGGAAACGCUCUUAACUUUCCUCUGCACUGAAAUCAAAAGUGAAUCCAGUCACUCGGCAUUCAGACAUGAGCUGACAGGACCUCAGUAAUGGUAAGGAAACCCGUUCAUCACAUAUAGUUUCAUAUAUCGGGAUCAUAUUGGUGGAUCAUCAUGGAAGUCCGGAGGGCAUCAGCGGACGCGCAGUCGCAGCAGACCGGCGAUCGGACGCUCGAGUGCCGCAUGGAUGAGUACCUGCGCUCGCUGGGGUUUUACCGCAAAAAGAUCGCCAAGGACGGCUCGUGUCUCUUCAGGGCUGUGGCGGAGCAGAUUUUGCAAUGUCAGGGUUUGCACACCGACGUUCGAAUGGCUUGCGUGAAAUAUCUGAAAGAUAACAGAUCCACUUAUGAGCAGUUCAUCGAAGGUGAUUUUGAGAAAUAUCUGGAGAAUUUACAGGACCCUAAGAGCUGGGUUGGGCAGGUGGAGAUCACCGCUUUGUCUAAACUCUAUAAGCGUGAUUUCAUUGUUUUCCAGCAGCCUGAUGAAGCUCCGGUCAGCAUCACCGAGAACGGCUUCCCUGAAAAGGUGCGACUCUGCUUCCUCAAUGGAAACCAUUAUGACAGUGUUUACCCACAAUCCUUUGAGAAAAGUGCAGCUGUAUGUCAAUCGAUCCUGUACGAGCUGCUGUACGAUGGAGUUUGUGGCAUCGACCGCAGUGUUUUAGGUCCGUGUGUGAAGGGAGGUCGGGGACGAGACAGGCUGGACUCAGAGCAAUGUAAGAGCAGUGAAGAGUCCGACCUGGAGGAAGAUGAGUUCUGGUCCAGUGAGGUGAAAGAGAAACCAGCCAGUGAAAUGAAGACCAGACCGUCACACAGGGGUCGUGGACGGGGCCGUGCUCGAGAUGGGGGGCGUGAAUCUCUGUCCACAAAGGUCCAGAAAUCCUUAAACCCCGGCCUCUACAGGAACGUGGAAUAUGACGUCUGGCUUCGUUCUAAACGUCUUCAGCAGCAGCAAGAUUUCCGCAUGGCUGCAGCGAUGCAGUACACUGUUGGAGACAAAUGCAAAGUGCACCUGAAUGGGCGUUUCUACAGUGCUUAUGUUCGGGAGGUCAGUCCUGACAACGGACCCGUCACUGUGUACAUAGAGGAACUUGGCAGAGAACAAACUGUGCCGUUGUUGAACUUGCGUUUACCAUCUGAAGAGUCUCAGUCUUGGCAGAAAGUGUCUGAGAAGAGUAAAAGACAUCCGCCACCAAACAACGGACAAACAGCGUCUGAAUGGGAGAACAGAGGAGGCCGGAGAUCAGGUAAACCAGCACCUUAUUCUGCGACCGGUGGUCGUGUAAACAAACAGCACUCCUGGCCUCCACAGAGCACCGCAGACGAACAGACGGCUGGACGCGGCAAAUCCAGGACAUCUGAUCAGCACAGCAGUCCUGUGUGUGUACUUCAACAGGAGGAAGAGAACGCUCUGCUGGAGCUCCUGCACAAAGAUGAACACAACUUCCCUUCACUUGGAACAGGUCCACAAACGGUCACUGCUGUUGACGUCACAAAAAGGGGAGGGGACAAGAAAAGCUCCCAGAAGAAAGUUCACAGGGGGUCCAUCUCAGAGCAUUUCACAGACUUAACAGAAGCUCCACAAAAGCCUGCUCAGAGACAAGAGAGUAAUACUAAAGAAACACAAGAGACAAAAGUGAUUGAGGAGCCAGUUCAAAGGUCAUCUCCCAUGGUCUCACUCUCUCAUCUCCCAAAAGUCCUGACUCCAUCUCAAACCGAGACUCCUGCUGGCCCUCAUGCUUCAGAUAAGACUCCGGUCCUAACUCAAAAUCUACCUUCUGUCUCAGUUACUCCCUCUGCCACCCUUUCUAAACCUCCCGGACAAACUGCCCCAGUUCUGCCCCCAGCUGCUGAACCUUAUUCACAUCCUUCCCAACCAACUCAAGCGCUCUCUCAAAACAUCCCGGUGAGCUCUUCUGCAUCCGCUCGGGUUGCCCUGGUUAUACCCCCCACCCCUGUCCAAGCACCUGCUUCCGUCUCAGCCACAGAUGCCCUUGUUAAAACCACACCCCCCAUUCAAACUGCCUCGCAUGUCUCUAUAUCUGCCCCUCCCUUCAUACCUUCCCCUGCAGUACCUCCCUCCCCAGUUCAAACAACUGCUUCUGUAUCAGACACUGCAAACCAGUCUACUACAGCCCCUCCCACUGAUGGGGGCAAUGCUCCGCCCACCGUCCAGCCGACAGUGGACAUUCGUACUCUCACAACUACUGCUGUGCUCACACAGGCUCCGCCUCCAGUCAUACCUUACACAUCAGAGCCAAGCCCCUGUGAAUCACUGGAAACACCUUCCUCAGGUAUAGCUUGUGCUCCUGAUCAUCCGUCUCAGCCUCAGCAGCUCCUCUACCCUCCACUUCAGUGGUCUCAACUCGUUCGGGAUCCACUUUACCCCGGAUUCCCACAGAAUGAGAAGGGAGAGGUGGAGACGCUGCCCCCGUAUUCCCUCUCGCAGAAAGGAGAAGAUCUACCACAAAAUAUCCACGUCCUCAGGUUCUUCUUCAAUCUUGGCAUCAAGGCGUACUCUCAGCCCCUAUGGCCUCCCAUCUCAUAUCUGGGUCCUCUGACUCAAGCCUAUCAGAUGCACCGCAGAGCACCGCCGCCUUCCUCCAGCGCUCUCGCUAACCCCACCCCCAUGACCCCAUGGCAACUAGAAAACCCUCCUCUUCCACAGAAUUUGAGUUCCACCCUUGACAUCUCGUUGGAAAGCCACCGUCACGCUCCUAUCGGAUCUGUAGACAUGGGAGGAUAUCGCGAUCACCCCCCAACCAUUCAAAUGCAGGUACCGGCGAGACCGCCAGUGCCCUGGUCUGCUUCCCCCGGUCCAGGUGCCUAUCCCGAGGCUUACCCGGUCCAGUUUUCAAGCCCAUCUUGUGCACCCCCCGCGAAUCAGAUGUACCCAGCAUCAUCCGCCAGUUACCACCGGCCACCUCAACCUUUUGAAGCCAUAAACCACGUUCCGAUGUCGUUGGUGAGAAGUCAAGACUGUGGCCAAAGAUCAAUGAACCCCCAGUAUGGAUCCUAUCAGACGGGUACGUGUUUUCCCGGAGGUCAACCUCUUGAUUUCAAGCCGGUGAAUAUUCCUGUUUCAGUGUCGACAAUGGAACCGCCCCCCUAUGGUUCCGUUGUGCAACCCUACGGGAUUGGUCCACUCCAAGGAGACAUAGCGGGUUUGAAUCCGUUAGCCAAUGGGAACUUCGGAAGACAAGAUGUAUUUCAAAAAAGCGCUCUCGUCGCAGAAGAGCCCACUCGACUGCAUCACGCGUACUGUCCCGAAGACGAACAAGAGUUGGUCGGCGUUGACCUCCGAAUCGGCCAGAACUUCUACAGUCAGUCAUACAGGGGUGGAGGAAGGCGUGGCCAAGAUGACAGAGGAGGAUAUAGAGGGAGGAGCUACCGUGGGCGGAAAGAGUAUUCGGGGCGGGGUAGACAAGACGAGCAGCCGUAUGGCGGUAGAGGACAUUACAUCAGGCAUGGGGUGGGGCCACAGUAAACAUUUCGAUGGCAUACCCCGGAUACACACCAGUCAUUGGUUUACAAUGAAUUGUUUGAGGUGUGUCUGUGUGCUGUUUUAAUCGUUUCUUCACUUUCUUAUUUAAAGCAACCUGUUCACACACAAAGUGUCGUGAAAAUGUAAAUGUGUUCGCAUAAAUUUUCUAAUAAAGUCUUGCAUGGAAGUUUUUUGUUCAGCAUUGAUUGCACGGCCCCUAAACGCACAUUUGAAGGGAAACAUAACAGUUUAAAAAAAAAACACUAAAUCACAUUUACAAAUCUAGUUCAUUUGAACUCAUUUUAUAAACAUGAAAACUUUCCAACGAAUAUCCUUAACUCACUGGAUAUCAGCUCUGUAUUGUACGCGAUUCUACAGAAUCAGAAUUUCUUGGUGAUGGUGUCUCGCUCACGUUUUGCUUGGGUUAUUUUAACUUAAUCUUCACCUUAAGGUUUGGUGAAGUUUCUCUGCACUUAAAAGUUUGUUUGAAUGUUGUGAUACGAAGUGCCGAUUCAUUUACUCAUCCAAAAGUUCUUGUUUGAGCACUGAAAACAAAUAAAAGCAAAAGACCUUCUCUC